AUGGCGGCCAAGGUGGCGUCCCCGCUCCCGUUCCGCCGCGACCUGCGGGGCCCGCUCGGCCGGCGGUCGCCCAGGAGCGGGCUGCCCGGCGCGCUGGCCGGGCUGGGCUGGAGCGACGGCUCCCGCAGGCUCGUGGCGCCGGCGUGGCCGGCCCGGGCGCGCGGGAGGAGCAACCGAUCCAGCGGACGGGGAGCGACCAAGGAAGACGACGAGCGCGCCGAGGAGUCAGGGGAUGCGGAGGCCGUGCUGAUCAUCGACGGGGAGGAGGAGGAGGACGGGGAGUUCGGCGACGACGAUCUGUCCGGGUUCAGGGGGCUCGUUCUUGAUCUCUCCUACAGGCCUGUGAAUGUCGUCUGCUGGAAGCGCGCGAUCUGCCUGGAGUUCAUGGAGAAGGCCGAUGUCCUGGAGUACUACGAUCAGACGGUCUCCUCUCCCAGGGGAUCCUUCUACAUCCCUGCGGUUCUCAGGGUUCCACAGCUGCUGCAAGUUGUGAAGAGGAGGAGGGUCAAGCACUGCCUUAGCCGGAAGAACAUACUCUUCAGGGAUGGAUUCAGUUGCCAGUAUUGCUCUUCUGAAGAUGACCUCACAAUCGAUCAUGUCAUCCCGGCCUCGCGUGGCGGCAAAUGGGAAUGGGAAAACUUGGUAACUGCGUGCUCUAGAUGCAACUCCAGGAAGGGUAACAAGACGCUGCUGCAAGCAAACAUGAAGCUACGCAAGAUCCCCAAGGGGCCGAAGGAAUUCGACAUCAUCGCGGUGCCCUUGACGAAAUCCGCCUUCAGGACGAUCCGGAGGAGGCACGGGCUGCCUGAAGAGUGGCUGCAGUACCUUGCCGGGCCAUCUCCAUGA